CCGCGAGCUCGAGGACCUGAAGGCGCGGUUGAAGGUGUAUACGUUGCUCAAAGCAUGCUCUAUAUGCGGAGACAAGGCCAAACUCAUUUGUGGGCCCUGCCGCACGAGGCCGCCGCGUACUGCUCGAAGGACUGCUUGAUCAUCGAUUGGCGCGACCGGGGCCACCGGAAGGCGUGUGAGAAGAUCCGGGACGAGCGGGCCGCGGACGCGGCGCGGGCCGAGUCGCCGACGCCGCCGCCGUCGCCGCCGCCAGAAGUGUUCUACGGCCCCGCGCCGCGGUCGGACGCGGACGCGGCGCGCGCGCGCAUCGCGGCGGAAUUCGAGGCAGCGCGCGCGCGCCGGGAGGCGGAGCCGGAGCCGGAGCCGGUGGCCCGCGACGGGCCGCGGUGCCCGGUCUGCUACGAGGAGUGGGACGUGAACGUCGAGCCGAAAUUCCGAGUUUGUUGCUGCCGGAAGGUCUGCGCGUCGUGCGAGGAGAGGAUCGGCGACGGGCCGUGUGCUCUCUGCCGGGCGCCGCUGCUUGACGGCGCGGCGCAGCUGGCUCAACUUCGGCGCCACGUGGAAAACGACGUGCCUGAGGCCAUUUGCUGCUUGGGAGCUGCCUAUCACUUUGGUGGUAAGUUCGACAUCGUGAAAUCUGGGAAGAAGGCCGCGAAGAUUUACAAAAGAGCCGUUCAGCUCGGGAACGUGGAUGCAAUGGUCAAUCUUGGGGUCUUGCGCGCCACUGGAGACGGCGUUCAGAUGGACCGGAAGAAGGCGAUGAAGCUCUAUCGGAUUGCUAGCGACCGAGGCAACGCGGCGGCCCAGUGCGGGCUCGGGACGAUGCUACGCGAAGACCGGAAUUUCGUGGAAGCUUUCAGGUGCUACAAGCUCGCCGCGGAGCAGACCUACACGCACGCGGAGCACGAGCUCGGUUGCUGUUACUUCAAAGGAGAGGGCGUUGAGGCCGACUUUGAUGAAGCCAAACGCUGCUUCGCGCGCGCGGCCACCAAGGGCCACGAGCUUUCCAAGAACACCUUCCGUCGCUUGGGAUCCGAGCACUUCGGUGGCCACCUCGGUCUCGUGACGUGCGGGCGUACGGCUGCGGAUUACUGGAUGCGCGCGGCGAUUCGCGGGGACGUGCGGUCGAUGAUCAAGCUUGGUUGGCUGUACCAGUUUCCUCCUACGGGAUCUCGAGUCGAACAGGAUCUCGGGGUGGCGAUGGUUUCUUUCGAAAUGGCCGCGGAUCGCGGCGACGCGGAAGGCCAAUACGAAUAUGCGCGUUUCCUGCGCGACCAUGCCACGGUGUUCGCCUACAUGAGGCUCGCCGCUGACCAGGGCUACGGCGAUGCAAUGCGCUACCUCGGGAACUUGUACCGAGAUGGAACGGGCGUCGAAGCCGAUGCCGACGAAGCCCAGCGCUGGCACGCGCGCGCGGCCGCCAAGGGCAAAUGAAGAAGCCCUCCGAAUCGGAGCACGCCACGCCUGGGCUCUUAAUACGCUGUGCUCUU